GGAAAAUAUAAGGAGUUGUUCUUUUUCACUUUCUUAACAAGCACCAUUUUCCUUUUCAGUUCUUUUCAUUUCAACGAUGGAACCAAAGUUCAUCGGAGACCAUUUUACGACGAUGAUCUUAAAGAAAAUGUCAGAGAGUGGAUCCCAUCAUCGACGAUCUCACUCUGACUCCUUUGUUUGCUUCCUUGCAAACUUCAACAUCUCCAAGCCCCCUUCUUUGCUAUCGCUCCCAUCUCUCAUUACUCUUGAUGUCGUUCCGAUGGUCAUGGAUUCAGACGAAUUUGAUGAACAAAAAAGAUCGAUAGAAACACCAAUCCCAAGACACCACCGGAGCUUGUCAGCGCACUCUUACUUGUUCAACAAGCCCUGCAGCGAGUUGGAGAGGGAGUUCCAGAUGCUUAAGACUAAAGUAACUUACCUUACAGAACUGCAUACCAUGCUUCAGAGAAAGAAAGCACGUAUCGAUGAAGAGAUUAAGGAGAUCACAAUGGAUUAUGAGGCAUUGAAGGAAAAGAGUCGGCUUAUUGAUGAUAGCAUUAGGGCACAAAUAAGUGUCUUGCAGACUGUUGCUCCCGGUCACCCUCUUUUGGAUGUGUUACUGGACCAGUUUGGCAUGCCUCCUUCUCCCUCUGAACAACCUUUCCAUGGACAGAACCAUAAUUUGCAGAAGUGAAUGAUUCGGCAGCUAAUUGUGGGCUAAUGAUGCCUAUUUUUAGUUAGUCAUAAUUUGCUGUUUGUUUCUUCUCAAAAAAAUAUUUUGCCGUUUGUUUUGCGCAAUCAAGGACUUGUUAGUUUUGGUAUUUAAACAUUUGCUUUUUGCUAUAACAAUUCAGAUGCGUGUGUGUGAAAAUCUGAAAUACAUCAUAGCUAUUUUGCUCCUCUGUUCUUAGUAUA